AUGAAGGAGGUGUUUAAAACAGUAGAAAGGAUUAACAAGAGUGUUGUUAUGUUUGAACCUCCCAACCUAAAGAUAUUGAAUAUCAAGGGUUGUAACCUUUUGGAACAUAUAUUCACCUGUUCCACACUUGAAAGCUUUGUACAACUUGAAGAGUUAUGGGUAGAUAAUUGCAAGGCAAUGAAAGUGAUUGUGGUGAAGGAAGAAGAUGACGGAGUAGAGAAAACAACAAAGGCAUCUUUUUCUAAGGUUGUGGUAUUUCCUCAUCUAAAGCGAAUUAAACUAGAGUAUCUACCAGAGCUGCUGGGUUUCUUUUUAGGGACUAAUGAGUUCCGGUGGCCUUCAUUGGAUAAUCUUAUGAUAAAGGACUGCCCACAGAUGAAGGUGUUCACAGCUGGUGGGUCGAAAGCUCCACAACCCAACUAUGUGGAAACAAGUUUAGGCCAAUAUAGUCCUCCUGGAAGUUGGUUUAAUUCUCAUGUGACAACCCUUACUACUGGGUACCAUCAGGAGACCCCAUUCCUGAGUUUAGAACGUACAAGCUCCUGGUGCCCUGCUGUUAUUACUUCAGAAGAUAUCAACAUUUGGUCUUUUCAUAAUCUGAUCGAAUCACAUGUGGCAUUUGAUAGAUCUGUUAAAAAGAUUAUCCCAUCUGAUGAGUUGCUACAACUGCAAAAGUUGGAAAAGAUUAAGGUAAUCUACUGUAAUGUGGUAGAGGAGGUGUUUGAAGCGUUGGAAGUGAUAAACAGUGGUUUUGAUGAAUCGCCACAAACUACUACUCUUGUCAAAAUUCCAAACCUAACACAAGUGAAGUUGAUGGGUCUAUCUUCUCUCAAGCAUAUAUGGAAGAGCAAUCAGUGGACAAUAUUUGAGUUUCCAAACCUAACAAGAGUCUCUAUUGAUGGCUGUUAUAGUUUACAAUAUGCUUUUAGGAGUUCCAUGGUUGGUAGUCUAUUUCAACUCCAAGAGCUAUACAUAUUUGAUUGCGAGAAUAUGGAGGAGGUAUUUGUUGUAGAAGAAGAGGAGGAGGAAUCUGAUGGAAAAAUGAAUAAAAUUGUGUUACCUCGUUUCAAGUCCUUAAAACUUGAUAAACUUCGAUGUCUCAAGGGAUUUUGCAUGGAGAAGAUGGAUUUUUCAUUCCCAUUAUUUGAUACUUUGACCAUCCAAAAAUGCCCAUCAAUAAUGACUUUCACCACGGGAAAUUUGUUUACUCCGGAGCUAAAGGGAAUCGAAACAAGUUUUGGCUCGUAUUAUGUAGAGGAAGACAUCAAAUCCUUUAUAAAGAUGAAACAAGAGGUAGAUCAUGAUGAUGUGAACUCCUGCAUUAGAUUGCAAGUUAAGAUCGAAGGAAAACAUCAAGAAUCAUAG